AGCAAGACGGCACCUCAUCGCCCUGGCGAUGGUUUCUGGUGGCUCCUGGAGGACGCGGAGAGCGGCUCGGAAGCGCCUUCCCCCGGCCCCCGGCGCACCCCACCCCGCAGUGCACCCCGGGCUCCGCGGGCAAGCAAGCCCCGUCCGGGCUCUCUAGGGCGGCUGUGACCAUAGGAUUCAUCGGGUUGGUGAUUGUGGCCAUCAUUGUCAUCACUCUCCCUGUCGCCUCAGUAUGGCUGGAAAAUUAUGCCAAAAGCAUCCAAAUUCGGGACUUGCCUCGACCUGGCAGGGGUGACUGGAGGCGGCGGCGGCAAGAGCCAAGCGUCGGAGGCGAGUGCCGUCUCUCAAGUCAGAACCCCGCAGCAUUUUCGCUCUGUCUGGCCCCUUGAAAACAAACCCGCUACCAGCCCAUAUAUUCCUGGUAAUCGAAAAUACUCACCAGACCCAGCCUACUACGGUUAUUAAGCAAAUUAUGCCAGCAGACGGGAGUAUCGUUUGCAAGCUAAGGCACGGGAUAUAUACUUUUUUUUAAAGAGGCAACAGCCAGACGCGUUUGCAGCCUCGCGAUUUGGCUCGCCCAGAGAGGUUCUCCUAGGGUUAUGUGUUACGGUCCAAUCCCGGGAAGCCAACUGGAGAGGGAAGUCAUGAAGCGCCAGGGCUGCUGCCUAUGUGACUCUUCCCCUCGAAGCAAGGUUGCUGAGGAAGAUCCUGAUAAACAAUGGCUCAGCACCGGCGACCGAUUGUUCUCCAUACUGUACACCCGAUAGCCACCAAAAAAGAAGAAGGAAAAAAAAAAAAAAAGAGGAAAAGAGGAAAAAAAAAAAAAAAGAAAAAAUCAAACAAGAGCACAAAGCCAAACAAACAAACAAACAAACAAAAAUAUAAAGGAGCCCAUUGAGGCUGAGUCGGGAAGGAGAAACUAGUUUUGGAGGAAGUGCUAUUCCUAGGAAAAUAUCAAGACCCUCUGCUUCAGACUCCUGCCUGGGUGCAACUUCUUAUGCGGGGGCCUGACGGUGUCAAAACUUUGAAGAUUAAUGGAUUACUUUGUUAAUGACUCAAGGCGUCAGAUUGAGGUGCUUAAAUGAUUUGUGAGGUGCAAAGCGUUUUCCUGACAGUCCCAAACAAUGAGAGAAGAGUGUGCGGGUGGAUGCGAGGAAGGCAGCAGGCUGCAGGACAAGCAGCCACACACACACACACACACACGCACACACACACGCACACACACACUCUCGCAGCCUCUCUCACAAACAUAUCCACGCACACGCACCCUCAUCCUCACCCCCGAUCAUUUCAGAUUAGGACGCCAAGGGGAUAGAUACUCGAGAUAUCAUUUCCUCUUUUAAAAAAAAAGUGUAAAUAAAGCCUUUCUGGCCCCCAAUGAGGCGUUCCUUCCCGACUUUUUUGGAUCAAUCAAACAGACAGUGGCUUCUUUUGAUUAAAGCCCAAAUUGUCAUUGGGCAGAGGCAAUCAUGUGACAGCCAAUUCGGUCCAAUUUCAACCUUGUCUCCAUGAAUUCAAUAGUUUAAUAGUAGCACGGUCCCCAUACGGCUGUAAUCAGUGAAUUAGAAAAAAAACACCCCACCAGCGAUCUUCUAUGCUAUAUUUUUUUUCUCCUCUCUCUCCUUUUUCCUGGGCCUUCCCCUCCCCCCGAGGCCCCUGAAUCCGAGGGAACUUUUUCUCCGCGGGGGCUGCCAGUUGAAGGCCAUGAAUUUCGCAUUUGAGCGAGAGAUCGGUUUUAUCAAUAGCCAGCCAUCGCUUGCUGAGUGCCUGACAUCUUUUCCCCCUGUCGGUGAUACAUUUCAAAGUUCAUCAAUCAAGAACUCGACGCUUUCACACUCGACACUGAUUCCUCCUCCUUUCGAGCAGACCAUCCCCAGCCUGAACCCCGGCAGCCACCCUCGCCACAGCGGCGGCGGUCGCCCCAAGGCGAGCCCCCGCGGCCGCAGCGGCAGCCCGGGCCCCGCUGGCGCCCCGCCGCCCCCGGAGUACCCCUGGAUGAAAGAGAAAAAGGCGUCCAAGCGAUCCGCGCUGCCGCCCGCUUCGGCCUCCGCCUCAGCCGCUGGACCUGCCUGCCUCAGCCACAAAGACCCCCUUGAAAUCCCCGAUAGCGGUAGCGGUGGAUCUAGGCGCCUGAGGACGGCUUACACCAACACCCAGCUUUUGGAGCUAGAGAAAGAAUUUCAUUUCAACAAGUAUCUCUGUAGACCAAGGAGGGUUGAGAUUGCAGCCUUGCUGGAUCUGACUGAGAGACAAGUCAAAGUCUGGUUCCAGAACAGGAGGAUGAAGCACAAGAGACAGACCCAGUGCAAGGAGAAUCAAAACAGCGAGGGGAAAUUUAAGAACCUAGAGGACCCCGAAAAAGCAGUGGACGAGGAAGAAGAGGAGGAGGAGGAGAAAUCCCUCUUCGAGCAAGCCCUCAGCAGCGUCUCCGGCGCUCUCCUGGAGCGGGAAGGCUACGCUUUCCAGCAGAAUGCCCUCUCCCAGCAGCAGGCGCAGAAUGCGCACAAUGGCGAAUCCCAAACUUUCCCCGUUUCGCCUCUAACGAGCAAUGAGAAAAAUCUGAAACAUUUUCAACAUCAGUCACCCACUGUUCAAAACUGCCUCUCAACAAUGGCCCAGAACUGUGCAGCUGGCCUGAACAAUGACAGUCCUGAGGCCCUAGAUGUCCCUUCUUUACAGGACUUUAACGUUUUCUCCACAGAUUCCUGCCUACAGCUUUCAGAUGCAGUUUCCCCCAGUUUGCCAGGAUCUCUGGACAGUCCCGUAGAUAUCUCUGCUGACAGUUUUGACUUUUUUACAGACACACUCACCACAAUUGACUUGCAGCAUCUGAAUUACUAAGAAAUUAAAGAAGUCCUCUCCAAGGGUCCUGCUUUCUCCUCCUUAUUCUUCUUAAUUUUUCCCCGGUGAAUUAAUUUUAUGUUUCCCCUCCCUUUCCCUCCUCACUAUUUUCUGUUUGUUACUUCCCUCUGAUAUGCCAUUUUGCCGUUUCUUAUGAAGUUUUAGUUGUGUUCAAUUUUAACCUAGCCACAUUCUAGGUCCUUCUAUGAAAGCAAUAUAUGAGGUCUGUAAGAAAGUGAUCAUAUAGGAAUGUAUCUUCACUUUCUUUUUAUUUUUGUAUUACAUUAGGAUGCGUUGUCAUAAGUAUUUUUGGUAGAAUAAAUUCUUGUUUGCUACAAGAGCUUUCUCUUUUUUCUUUCCCUUUCUCCUCUCUUUCUCUCUGCUUUCCAGAUGGAUAACAUGACGGGUAUCUCUCCCCAUCCCUUUCAUUAUUAAUUUACUAAUAAUCAAAAUCCAACGUUCUGACAAUGAGCUCUUCCCUUUUGGCAUUUUAGGACACCCAUUAGAGAGGAAAAAAUCGUUCAUUUUCUUUAUUAUAAGAAUUCCCAUAAGGGAAGGAAAAACAAACUAAAGAAAUUAAAACCGUUCACAGGUUUGAUGGAGAUUUGUUCCUUUUAAUGUAUAAACGUGGCAUCUUAUCUCUGUGAGGAUACAAAGCUUGGAAAUCCUGAGCUGUAACAAAAGCAUGAACGAGGACUUUCUCUGUUACAGGCAGAACGUAAAAGAGACUCAGUAGGAUUAGCGUCUCCUGCAGAAACCAGCCUGUUUCAUGAACGAAAGGAAAGGUGCUUUAAAAAAAUUAAAAAUAAUCCCGGUUUUCUAGAAAGUAGUGCUUAGCAGCCAGCAAGAUAUUUCAGAAAACAUAUCUUAAAAAAUAUCAGAGCUCACAAAGAAUGUGGUUGGUUGCAUCUCACGUGCUGAGUAAUCCAAGAAAUCAGCCCUAGGAGGAGAGAAAAUAGAGAAGUUAGUGCCUGUAAAAUCAAAAGGGUGACAGAAACGUAGGGGGAAGAAAAAAAUAUUUAGGGAGGAAUCGGCCUCUCCACUCUAUCCUUCUCGGGGGCGGUGCGGGGGCAGACCCGAAGAUAUUUUUCUGUGUAAGCCUUCUUGAGAGGUAAAAGACUGAUAACGAAAAGGGGAAACUCUGACUUUAAAGUUACGAUUUCCUCGGGCUCCCCGCUCUUCUGCUGGAGGCGGCAUAGACGGGCUUUCAGAAAUCUCCACCAAACUGCCUGCCAGCCGGCGUUGCCGAACCCCAAAGCGGAGGGCGAGCCCCGUCCUUCGGGCUGAAACGGAGCAACAGAUGAGAUGCCAGCGGGGCUCCGCCGCUCCGGGGCCGGGGGAUCCCGGGCGGGGACGUUCGCGGCUCCUUGCGUGCGUGAGUGCGAGUGGCUGCAUUACACAAGCGAGUGCGGCUGGGGUGGGGGGCUGUGAACGGGGCUCUGCUGUCCGUCCAUGCGAGCAGUGCUGUCUCCCAGCCCUGCAACACGCUGUGGAGCUGGGAUGCGUGGGUUAUAGCUGGAAGGGCUGAACGCAAUUCUUCCGAAAGUCAUAAAUCAAACUCUUUCUAUGAAUGAGAAUGUCAUCAAAGAGAUCAAUUGCAGGAACACAUUCACAAAUAAAAAUCCUCUUACGUAUUUGCCGAGGCUGGGGAUCCCCGUCUAAAACCAUUAAGUGAGAAGGCGUUUAGUCAUAAUUCACUUUUAUUGCUCUUUUAAAACAACAGCUUGGCUGAGCUGCGGGCGCGGUGAAACCUCGGCCUCGGUUCUCCUCCUUCCCUCUGCUCCAGCCAUGUCCCUGCGGAAAGGGAGCAGCCUCACCGGCAUUUUCACUCCUCUGCCACUGGGUUAAAUUGGACCGCAACGUGCAUGUAAGGGUUGGGGUUUCUUUUGUGCCCAGAUUUCCGGAUGCUGACUACGCUUAAGGAAAACCAAAGCAAAACGAACUACAC